CAUGUGAUGUUGCUGCACCAGAGUGAAAGAGGCUAAAGUUCCGUGCAGCAGAAAGGAAGCCACACCUCCUCAGGUCCGAACUCUCUGCAGAACGCUUCAACCCGGCCGAGCAGGAGAGCUGAAAUGGGCUAUUUUCUUUUCUUCUCAGUUGAAACAUGGAUUCUGCUGAUCACAUUCAUCUGCAUUUUUGUCAUAUAUGGAAACUGGACCCAUGGAGUAUUUGAGAACUUGGGGAUCCCCGGUCCCAAGCCGUACACUUACUGGGGCACAGUUGGCAGGCACAGCAAAGUUUACUACGAGGAUGACCAACAAUGUGCCAAGAAGUAUGGGAAAGUAUGGGGAAUGUAUGAGUUUAGGAGUCCCAUGCUGGCUGUGAUGGACCCUGACAUGCUGAAAACCAUCCUGGUGAAGGAGUGCUUCACUUACUUUACCAACCGAAGGGUGAGAAGAACUCACUGGAUUAAAGUUAAUAUACGUCUGAAUGGAGAUCUGUAUGACUCAGUGUCUACUGUUGAGGAUGAUCACUGGAGGCGGAUUCGUAACGUCCUCACGCCCUCUUUUACCUCCGGCCAUAUAAAGGAGAUGUUCAGGAUCAUGAAACAUCUUUCCAGCAAACUCACAGCCAGCCUGGAGUCCAAGGCGCAAAAUAAUGAAGUUGUUACUAUAAAAGACCACUUUGGAGCUUACAGUGUGGAUGUGAUGGCGAGCUGUGCAUUCGGCGUGGAUAUGGACUUAAUCAACAACCCCUCGAGUCCCAUCGUCUUCCACGCCUCGAGGUUUUUCAAAAUCCCCCAAUUUGUUAUAAUUCUCCAAGGGUUUUUCCCUCUACUUAUUCCUCUCUUCGAGCUGCUGGGUUUCUCUUUUUUCUCCCCGACCUCUACCGCUUUCUUUAAAACGAUUCUGGCAAAGAUCAAGGCCGAACGCGAAGGGAGCUCCUGCAAGAAUUCAGGAGAUUUGCUUCAAAGCAUGAUCAACUCCAAGACGGCUAAUGACCCCAGCAAAGGCGAGCAGAACAAGGGUCUCACUGACCACGAGAUCUUGACCCAAGCCACAAUGUUCAUGGUCGCUGGUUACGAGACGAGUGCCACAACUCUCGCUUUCCUAGCCUACAAUUUGGCGAGAAAUCCCAAAGUAAUGAAACGCCUGCAAGAGGAGAUAGACGCCACUUUCCCUGAGAAGGGCGCCGUCCGCUAUGAAGAGCUGGUGCAGAUGGAGUACCUCGACAGCGUUGUGAACGAGAGCCUGAGGCUCUACCCUCCAGCUGGACGUCUGGACAGAGUUGCCAAGGAAACGGUUGAGAUCCGUGGAAUCACGAUCCCAAAGGACAUGAUCGUGGUGAUUCCGGUCUACGCUCUUCACCGAGACCCCGACCUCUGGCCCGAGCCCGAGGAGUUCAGACCGGAAAGGUUCAGCGCGCAGAACAAGCGGAGCAUCAACCCGUACACCUACUUGCCGUUCGGCAUGGGCCCGAGGAACUGUUUGGGGAUGCGAUUCGCUCUGGUGCUGGUCAAACUGGCCUUGGUGGAAGUUCUGCAGCACUACAGCUUCUCGGUCUGCGCAGAGACGGAGAUCCCUUUGACGAUGGAGCCCGCUGGCCUCAUUGGACCCCUGAAGCCAAUCAAACUAAAGGUGACGACACGUUAGAUCGCCCCAGGAGUCCGACUAGGACGUCCUCGCAGAGACACGUCUCUCAACGUUCAACUGUCUUCUUAAAUUCAGUGACGUUUUUAAAUCUGUGGUUUGUAAGAAUUUCGUAAACUGACCUGAAUAAAAACACAUGAC